UCAAGUGGAAGCACACUUAAAUAUUUAGCAAUGGGGGCCGCAGCUGUAGCUAUUGCUGGCUUUGCCUACUACCUCCUAUCUUCAAGUGAGGUAGAGGAAGAGGAGAUUCAGGAAGAGUUCCCUGAGAGACUCACAAUGGAAAAGAUCGAAGCUAUGCUCAGCGAAGAUAUUGCUCAAAUCAAGAAGAUUUCUAAAUAAAGAUGCUAAAGGGCUCACUCAGGAAUUCCUUCUCGAAAUUUUCAGGGUUUUAAAAUAAGUAUGUAACACUUGUACAAUCUCUUGAUGAAGAAGAGCGGUUUGAGAGACGAAUUCAGCUCCUCAAAGAAGGAAAAGAGCAAGAGUAUUAUCAAGUAAAGGAGGAAGCGAAUAGAGAAAAUAACUUUAAAAUCAAUAAGGUCACAACAAACCUUUACAAAGAACUUGAUUUUACAGAUCUUGAAUAUGCUACUGGAGUGCAGAAAAAUGCGUAUGAUCCUGACUUUGCUAAGAAGUGAGAAAAGAUUGAUAAAACGGUGAUAGAUGAAAUCAAAGAGUUUCAGUCGGAGGUAGAAAUCCCAGAAGAUUUAACUAUUGAAAAAGCUAAAGAGAUUAGGAAAAACGUCCAAGAAGAGACAAAGAAAGACUCUCUCAGGAUGUAUUCCAGGAUAGAUUUGCGAGAGAAAUCUCUAAGCUUGAUGAUAUGGUCUAUAUUAAGUACGGGUUCAAGAAUAAUGAAGUAUUGGAAGCCUUCAAUAAAUACAAGUUGAUCCCUGGACGUAAGCCCAUGACUAUUUAGCAAAAUGGCCAAAAUAAAUCAAUAAAAA